GCCAAACCCAUGAGCUGCUUACAGUCGCUAUCAGCCAGAGUACGAUGAUGACGACGAGCUUGUGAAAGUCAUUCGUCAGGGUUCGGCGUUAGUCAUGGAUGACUCUUCAUUUAUCACUGAUCCGGUGCUGGAUACAGACACAUAGCGCACUGAUUGGACGCAGCGGGGGGACCAGUAGCGCCGAGCCAGAUCCAGAGCUGAGGAAACACACUCUUGCGCGAAUUAUCUGUACUCUCGCAGCGCUUUCAGGUAGACAUGCUCGCGCGCAUUCCCGGCUUUGUUUUAUCUCUGUGAGGAAACAGCGGCAGCUCGUGUAACUCCGUAUCUCGGUGUUUCCGGACGGUGGCGGCUGAUAUUCGGCAUUUACGCACAUGAGCGCUGGACACAUCGAUCACCCCCGACCAAUCUCUUCCGUUUGCUCUUGCUUUCAGAGAGGAGAGAGAAACAUCUAUCUGACAACAUCUGAGUGACUCUCGCGCUCCCCGGACUAUCGUUUGGACGGGAGUUGCUGUUUGAAGCGAGUGAGGAGGACUUGUUUUGCAAGAAACAUCUCUCUGUUUUGUCUUUCCCCGAAGUUGACCGUCGUUUAGUGAAGUUUUGUCAAUGGGAUGCUGAAACACAUCAAUAGCAGGUAGACAACAGUAAGCUCACGGUCGGGCGGAGCCUGAGGCGAGCGAGCGCUCCGAUUGGUUGCUGCGUUGCGUUUCACCGCGUCAUGUGGGCAGGAUGGAUGUGAAAGAACGCAGGCCGUACUGCUCACUGACCAAGAGCAGGAGAGAGAAAGAGCGCCGCUACACGGGCUCAUCCGGCGACAGCGAGGACUGCCGCGUGCCCACCCAGAAGUCCUACAGCUCCAGCGAGACGCUCAAGGCCUUCGAUCACGACUCCUCACGCCUGCUCUACGGCGGCCACGUCAAAGAGAUGGUCCACCGAGAGGCAGACGAGUACAGCCGCCAAGGUCAGAACUUUAACCUGAGGCAGCUGGGAAUAUGUGAACCAGCCACACGCCGUGGCUUGGCCUUCUGCGCAGAGAUGGGCCUCCCCCACCGCGGCUACUCCGUUGGCGCAGGCUCAGACAUGGACACUGAGAACGAGGGGGUGAUGUCACCGGAACGUGCCAUGCACCUCUGGGGCAGAGGUGUGAAGUCUGGCCGCAACUCCUGCUUGUCCAGCCGCUCGAACUCAGCCCUGACCCUGACCGACACAGAGCACGAGAACAAAUCAGACAGUGAGAAUGGUUCUCCCAUGCCAUCCUCUCUCUCCAGUCCAUCAGUCACUGAGCAUUCCCAUUCUCAACCACCCUCACCCAAUCUCCAUGACAACCAGAGUUCCGUCUUAAGUAAUGCCACCACGCAGGCGGCACAGGACUCUGAUUCGGAAGAAGAGUACACGGCCGCUCUCUAUAGACCCGUAACGCAGCCUGCCCUCAGCCACAGCUGUAAUGAGCAACCGUCCAAUCAGCACCAUCAGGGCCAGUCCACGCUGCCACCGGUGCCGCCCCCGCACAAGCAGCAGCCGUCGGUGACGGCGCUGAACCACAACUCUCUGAGCAGCCGCAGGAACGUGAGCCCGGCCCCUCCGGCCGCCCUCCCCGCCGAACUGCAAACCACACCCGAGUCAGUGCCGCUGCAGGACAGCUGGGUCCUGGGCAGCAAUGUGCCGCUGGAGAGUAGGCACUUUCUCUUUAAGACAGGCACCGGCACCACUCCUCUGUUCAGCACGGCCACGCCAGGCUACACCAUGGCCACGGGGGCGGUCUACUCGCCCCCCACACGGCCCCUGCCCCGCAACACACUCUCCCGCAGCGCAUUCAAGUUCAAGAAGUCCUCUAAGUACUGCUCAUGGAGGUGCACGGCCCUCAGUGCCAUGGCUGUCUCAGUUCUGCUGUCUGUGCUGCUCUGUUACUGCAUUGCCAUGCAUCUCUUUGGAUUGAAUUGGCAGCUGCAGGAGACUGAGGGCUAUGCUUUUGAGAAUGGCCAGGUCAAAUCUGACGCCACAGCAACCAACGCAGUUACUGCCCUAUCUACUGAGAACAGAGUUUACUUUCAAGAGAAUAACACCAUAGACACGGGUGAGGUGGAUGUGGGCCGUAGAGCAGUACAGGACGUCCCUCCAGGAACUUUUUGGCGCUCUCAGCUCUUCAUUGACCAGCCGCAGUCCCUCAAGUUCAACAUCUCCGUCCAGAGAGGCGCCCUGGUGGGGGUCUAUGGCCGGAAAGGCCUGCCUCCCACUCACACUCAGUAUGACUUUGUGGAGCUGUUGGACGGCAGUCGUCUGAUAGCUAAAGAGAAGCGUGGACUGGUGGAGGUGGAAGGAGCAGCCAGAAAGGCUCGUGCGGUUAACGUUCAUGAGGCAGAGUUCAUCCGCUACCUGGACUCGGGCACCUGGCACCUCGCCUUCUACAAUGACGGCAAAAACACUGAACAGGUCUCCUACAACACCAUCAUCAUAGAUACCCUCACAGAGUGUCCACACAAUUGCCAUGGUAACGGAGACUGUCGCUCUGGAACAUGCCAUUGUUUCCCAGGGUUCCUUGGGCCUGAUUGCUCACGAGCCGCUUGUCCAGUGCUGUGCAGUGGCAAUGGGCAGUACUCCAGGGGGCGCUGUCUUUGUUACAGCGGCUGGAAGGGGACAGAGUGUGACGUUCCUAGCAACCAGUGCAUCGAUAUUCACUGCAGCGGACACGGAAUCUGCAUUAUGGGCACCUGCGACUGCAACACAGGCUACAAAGGAGACAACUGUGAAGAAGAGGUGUGUGCAGUGGACUGUGGCUCUCACGGUGUGUGUAUAGGAGGAAGCUGUCGCUGUGAAGAGGGCUGGACCGGUUCAGUAUGUGAUCUGAAAGCUUGUCUCCCACGCUGCACUGAACACGGUACCUGCAAGGACGGCAAAUGCGAAUGUCACCAGGGCUGGACCGGAGAACAUUGCACCGUUGAGGGAUGCCCAGGUCUGUGCAACAGUAAUGGACGCUGCACGCUGGAUCAGAAUGGCUGGCAUUGUGUCUGCCAACCAGGCUGGAGAGGGGCCGGCUGUGACGUUGCCAUGGAGACUCUCUGUGCAGACGGCAAGGACAAUGAAGGAGAUGGCCUGGUGGACUGUAUGGAUCCGGACUGCUGCCUGCAGAGCUCGUGUCAGACUCAGCCCUUCUGCCGCGGCUCUCCUGACCCCAUCGACAUCAUCAGCCAGAACCAACCCGCAAGCCCACAGCAAGCCGCCCAGUCGUUCUAUCAGCAAAUCAGCUUCCUCAUUGGCCCAGAGAGCACGCAUGUCAUUAACGGAGACAACCCCUUUAACAGAAGCCUGGUGUCCAUUAUCAGAGGGCAGGUGCUCACUGCAGAUGGUACGCCCCUGAUUGGAGUCAAUGUGUCCUUUGUGCACUACCCAGACCACGGAUUCACCAUCACACGGCAGGAUGGCAUGUUUGACAUUCUGGCCAAUGGUGGAGCAUCACUGACAUUGAGCUUCGAGCGGGCGCCGUUUCUCACGCAAUUCCGUACAGUAUGGAUCCCGUGGAAUGUCUUCUAUGUAAUGGACACGCUGGUUAUGAAGAAAGAGGAAAACGACAUCCCCAGCUGCGACCUGAGUGGCUUCAUUCGACCCAGCCCUCUCAUCGUGGCCACACCACUUUCCACCUUCUUCCGAUCCUCACCCGAGAAUGGCCCCAUCAUUCCAGAGACACAGGUUCUUCAGGAGGAGACGGCGAUUCCGGGUAGCGACCUAAACCUGAUGUAUCUGAGUUCACGGGCGGCUGGCUACCGGCCAGUGCUCAAGGUGACCAUGACCCAAGCCACCAUCCCCUUUAACCUCAUGAAGGUGCAUCUGAUGGUGGCAGUGGUGGGACGCCUCUUUCAGAAGUGGUUCCCCGCAGAACCCAACCUGUCCUACACCUUCAUCUGGGACAAAACAGAUGCAUACAACCAAAGAGUCUACGGCCUGUCAGAGGCUGUGGUGUCUGUGGGAUUCGAGUAUGAGUCCUGUUUGGAUCUGAUCUUGUGGGAGAAAAGAACAGCCAUCCUCCAAGGUUACGAACUCGACGCCUCAAACAUGGGAGGAUGGACCCUAGACAAACACCACAUUUUAGAUGUUCAGAAUGGCAUCCUGUAUAAAGGCAACGGUGAGAACGUCUUCAUCUCCCAGCAGCCUCCAGUGAUCAGCACCAUUAUGGGUAAUGGGCGCAGGCGCAGUAUCUCCUGCCCCAGCUGUAAUGGCCAGGCUGAUGGCAACAAACUGUUGGCUCCAGUGGCCCUCGCCUGUGGAUCUGAUGGCAGCCUGUUCGUCGGUGACUUCAACUACAUCAGACGCAUCUUUCCCUCUGGAAACGUUACCAGUGUUAUGGAGCUGAGAAAUAAAGAUUUCAGACAUAGCAACAAUCCUGCACAUAGAUACUACCUAGCAACAGACCCAAUGACAGGUCAGCUGUAUAUUUCGGACACCAACUCACGACGGAUCUUCAGGCCUAAAGCCCUGACGGGAACCAAAGAGCUGCUGCAGAACGCAGAGGUUGUGGCAGGGACCGGAGAGCAGUGUUUGCCGUUUGACGAGGCUCGAUGUGGGGAUGGAGGCAAGGCCACUGAGGCGCUACUGCUGGGACCCAAAGGCAUUGCUGUGGAUAAGAAUGGGUUCAUCUACUUUGUGGAUGGUACCAUGAUCAGGAAAGUAGACCGGAAUGGCAUCAUCUCAACACUGCUGGGGUCUAAUGACCUCACAUCUGCUCGUCCUCUGACCUGUGAUACCAGCAUGCAUAUCGGACAGGUGCGUUUAGAGUGGCCCACAGACCUGGCCAUCAACCCUAUGGACAACUCCAUCUAUGUGCUUGACAACAAUGUUGUACUGCAGAUAACCGAGAACAGGCAAGUGCGCAUUGUGGCAGGCAGACCUAUGCAUUGCCAGGUGCCGGGCAUCGAGUACACCAUGGGAAAGCGUGCCAUCCAGACCACUCUAGAAGGUGCAACAGCCAUCGCUCUGUCCUACAGCGGAGUCCUCUAUAUUGCCGAGACGGAUGAAAAGAAGAUCAACCGCAUCAGACAAGUCAGCACAGAUGGCGAGAUUUCUCAUUUGGCAGGAGCGCCCUCCGACUGCGACUGCAAGAACGACGCUAACUGUGACUGUUACCAGACAGGCGAUGGGUAUGCCAAAGACGCAAGGCUAAAUGCUCCUUCCUCUCUGGUGGUCUCUCCUGACGGAACACUCUACGUAGCUGACCUGGGAAACAUUCGAAUCCGUGCCAUACGUCACAAUCGACCUCCACAAGGCUCUUCGGGUCUUUAUGAAGUUGCUUCACCUGCUUCUCAAGAGCUCUACGUGUUUGACUCCAAUGGAACUCAUCAGUAUACUAUGAGCUUGGUCACUGGUGACUACAAGUACAACUUCAGCUAUAGCAAUGAGGAUGAUAUCACCGCUGUAACAGAUAGCAGUGGAAAUACACUUCGGGUUCGUCGAGACCCCAAUCGAAUGCCAGUGCGUAUUGUUGCCCCUGACAAACAAGUUAUUUGGCUGACGAUUGGUACAAAUGGAGGGCUUAAGACCCUCACAGCUCUGGGGCAGGAGUUGGUCCUCUUCACCUACCAUGGCAACAGUGGCCUGCUAGCCACCAAGAGCAUCCAAAUUGGCUGGACCACAUUUUAUGACUAUGACAGCGAGGGACGUCUGACGAAUGUGACAUUCCCCACUGGGGUUAUCACCAGUCUAAUCGGGGAGAUGGACAGAGCCCUAACAGUGGACAUUGAGACCUCAGGACGAGAUGACGAUGUCAGCAUCACCACCAACCUUUCUUCCAUUGACUCGUUUUACACAUUAGUUCAAGAUCAACUAAGAAACAGCUACCAGGUGGGCUAUGAUAACUCUAUGAGGGUCAUCUAUGCCAAUGGAAUGGACUCUCACUUCCAGACCGAGCCUCAUAUUCUUGCAGGCGCAUCCAACCCGACAGUGGCCAGAAGAAACAUGACCCUGCCUGGAGAGAAUGGACAGAACUUGGUGGAGUGGCGCUUCAGAAAAGAACAGAACAGGGGGAAAGUCGUAGUAUUCGGCAGGAAACUCAGGGUCAACGGUAGAAACCUGCUGUCUGUGGAUUAUGACCGCUCACUGCGCACAGAGAAAAUAUAUGACGAUCAUCGAAAGUUCCUUCUGAAGAUUGUGUAUGAUGCCUCUGGUUAUCCUACACUGUGGGUGCCCAGCAGUAAGCUGAUGUCUGUCAACCUCACCUAUUCCAGCACUGGUCAGGUCACUAGCAUUCAGAGAGGCCCCACAGUCGAGAGGGUAGAAUACGACAGCCAGGGACGCAUAGUCUCCAGAACCUUUGCUGAUGGCAAAACCUGGAGUUACACCUAUUUGGACAAGUCCAUGGUGCUGCUUUUACACAGCCAGCGGCAGUACAUCUUUGAUUACGAUCUGCAGGAUCGACUCUCCGCCAUCACUAUGCCAAGUGUGGCCCGUCACACCAUGCAAACUAUCCGCUCUGUCGGCUACUACCGCAACAUCUACAAUCCGCCUGAAAGUAAUGCCUCAGUUACGGUGGACUACAGUGAGGACGGCCAGCUCUUGCGGGUGGCACACUUGGGCACUGGCCGGCGUGUCCUCUAUAAGUAUCGGAGACAGAACAAGCUGUCCGAGAUCCUAUAUGACAGCACACGGGUCAGCUUCACCUACGAUGAGACAGCAGGUGUGCUGAAAACUGUCAACCUACAGAGUGAGGGUUUCAUUUGUUCUAUCAGAUAUCGACAGAUAGGUCCACUGGUGGACCGGCAGAUAUUCCGCUUCAGUGAGGACGGCAUGGUCAACGCCCGCUUUGACUACACCUAUGACAAUAGCUUCCGAGUCACCAGCAUGCAAGGAGUCAUCAACGAGACCCCGCUUCCAAUAGAUCUUUAUCAGUUCGACGACAUUUCCGGCAAGGUUGAGCAGUUUGGAAAAUUCGGCGUCAUCUAUUACGACAUUAACCAGAUCAUAUCAACAGCUGUCAUGACCUAUACAAAGCACUUUGAUGUCCAUGGCCGCAUCAAGGAGAUCCAGUAUGAGAUCUUCCGCUCCCUCAUGUAUUGGAUCACUAUCCAGUAUGACAACAUGGGCCGUGUCACCAAAAGAGAAAUAAAGAUCGGCCCUUUUGCCAACACUACCAAAUAUGGCUAUGAAUACGAUGUGGACGGGCAGCUGCAGACAGUCUACCUGAAUGAGAAAAUGAUGUGGCGGUAUAAUUACGACCUGAACGGCAACCUACACCUGCUGAACCCUGGCAACAGUGCACGACUCACUCCCCUCCGCUAUGACUUACGAGACCGCAUCACGCGGCUGGGCGACGCGCAGUAUCGGAUGGACGAAGAUGGCUUUCUGCGCCAAAGGGGUGCGGAGAUCUUUGAGUACAACUCCAAGGGCCUCUUGGUACGGGUGCAUAGUAAAGCCAGUGGCUGGACCAUCCAGUACCGCUACGAUGGGCUAGGAAGACGCCUGGCCUCUCGCAACAGUCUGGGCCAGCACCUUCAGUUCUUCUAUGCGGACCUCAACUACCCGACACGCAUCACCCAUGUCUACAACCACUCCAGCUCUGAAAUCACCUCGCUCUACUAUGACCUACAAGGCCAUCUGUUUGCCAUGGAGAUCAGCAGUGGCGAGGAGUUUUACAUCGAUUUGCGAGAUCAUCGUAAGCUCAAAUUUAGGAUGUCAAUCUCAGGGGUCCAGCAGGAGGUUAUGAGGCAGGCCAAGGCUUUCCUGUCUUUUGAGAGGAUGCCAGAGAUCCAGUUAAGCCGACGAUGUUCAAGCCGUGAAAAACCUUGGCUGUGGUUCGCCACAGUCAAAUCCCUCAUUGGUAAAGGUGUGAUGCUUGCCAUUACCAGUAAGGGCCAGGUGGCCACCAACGCACUGAACAUAGCAAAUGAGGACUGCAUUAAAGUGGCCACUGUCCUCAACAAUGCCUUCUAUCUAGAGGAUCUGCACUUCACAGUGGAAGGUCGCGACACGCACUACUUCAUAAAGACCAGCCUGCCUGAGAGUGACCUGGGUGCCCUGCGACUCACCAGCGGUCGCAAGAGUCUAGAAAACGGUGUCAACGUAACAGUGUCACAGUCCACCACUGUGGUCAAUGGACGGACACGUCGCUUCGCAGAUGUGGAGUUGCAGUACGGCGCGUUGGCUCUGCAUGUGCGCUAUGGCAUGACACUGGAUGAGGAGAAGGCACGUGUCCUAGAGCAGGCCCGCCAGAGAGCACUGUCAAGUGCGUGGGCACGGGAGCAGCAGCGCGUACGUGACGGGGAGGAGGGAGUGCGUCUUUGGACAGAGGGGGAGAAGAGGCAGUUGCUCAGCUCUGGGAAGGUGUUGGGUUACGACGGCUACUAUGUACUAUCAGUGGAGCAGUACCCUGAACUGGCCGACAGUGCCAACAAUAUCCAGUUCCUGAGGCAGAGUGAGAUUGGGAAGAGGUAACAGUCUGCACAGCACAGACUGUUCAAAAGACAACUGCCCCUCUGCUCCACAAGCUCCUCUCUCCCGUGUACACACUCCCAGAGCUCCUAUCCCAGAGACUAAAGGGAAGGGGUUUAUGUUAGAGAAGUGAGGAGUUGUGCCUAAGUGCCACACACACUGCAGUUAUACAGAAAAAACCUGAGGCACUUCCCCUCAUUGACUGAACACACCCCCAUCCUACAUAUUUGUUCACAUUAUUGCAUUGAAUGGAUAAUGGACUCUCUAAGAGAGCAACCCAAGAAAAAACUGUUAUGAUUUGUUUUUCUUUUCUUUUUUUUGGCUUUUUAUAUAAAACCUUAAAGGUGACUUGGUCAGAGAUAAAAUUGAGAGAAAAAGGCAAA